GCCGCGCAGUCAAGCAGUCCCGAAUGACCGUCAUGCCUCCGAAUUCGAGCCUUGCCGCUCCAGCCUUGGCGCCGGUGAAGGUCCUGUACCUGAUCUCGUUCCUCGAUCUUUUCUCCGUGUCGUUGAUUGUGCCAUCGCUGCCGUCCUAUGUCAAGUCACUUGGUGGAGAUGCUGUCUCGAUUGGGUACAUCUCCUCGCUCUACGGCGCGAUCCAAAUGGUCAGUGCACCGCUCGCGGGCGUUCUGAGCGACAUCUUCGACCGGCGCUUGGUGUUGUUGAUCGGGAUCGCUGGCUCGGCUGUCGGUUACGUCAUCCUUGGGUUCUCCAUGACUCUGUCGAUGGUUGUGUUUUCCCGUGUACCUUGUGGUGUCUUCAAGCACACGUUAAGCACUGUACGGCUGGCAGUGGCAGACCAAACAUCCACGAAGACCAGGGCAGAUGCGUUGGGCAAGAUUAACGCGUACUCAAGCUUUGGUUUCAUCUUUGGCCCGCUCGUGGGCGGUAUCCUCGGUGCAUAUUCCAAUGGGUUUAACUACACGGCGCUCCUCACGGCGGCAGUGUUUAUUGUCAACUAUGCACUCGUAUUUCUGUACGUCCCUCCAGCCAAGCCGAUGGUCGUUGCCUCUCGGGAAAUCCAAUGCGAUGAUCCCACGGACAUCGAUCCCAUGCUUCUCGACGCAGACCGCGACGCGCCUCCAGUCGCCCAUAACAUUUCGUCGAUUGCUGUGGCCGUCGUCGACAAGCUCAGCGACUACAAAGACAUUCUGAAGCUAUCUCCCAUUGCUCGAAGUCUCCUCAGUGUGCGGCUGCUCAUGGCCGCGUCAGCUAUCCUUUUCCGGAGUCAUUUCAUGCUGUUGCUCGAAGAAAAAUACGGCGCGUCCUCGACCACUCGCGGGUACAUUUUGAGCUACAUGGGUGGCCUGGCUGCGUCCAGCGGUCUCGUCGUCGGUCGGCUCGUCAACUUAGUCCAGUCGGAGACUUUGCUCGUUCAAGGUGCCAGUAUUGUGUACGUGUUGUCAUUUCUCGGUAUUGCCAUGGCUACGUCGCUGCCCAUGGUCCUCGCUCUUCAAGCGCCGCAAGUCAUUGCAAUCAGUGUCUUGCGCGCAUGUUCAGUAUCGCUCCAAACGUCGGCGGUUGCCCCAGAGUCCCUCGGGGGUAUCAUGGGCGUGUCCGAUUCUCUCACGGCGCUCGCUCGCACCGCGGGGCCUUUGUUAUCUGGGUAUUUGUACGUGAUCUCGUCAGCCGGUCCUGCAUAUGGAGCCACCGCGCUCGCGUUGGCAAGCUGUGUAUUGUUUUACGCCACGAUGGUCCGCACCCCACACCACACCAUCCCGUCGGUGGGACAACACCACCUCGAGUGACGAGCCAAACAACAUUGUUCGUUCACCUUAACGUGAUCUUUACGGGGAAAUACGAUAUUACACAAACUGGAAUUGGCUGGGAG